AUCGAUAAAACGAUGUCGUAUGAUACACGACUUGGAAUAAAGUUUCCACUUUCCACGCUAGGGUUUUGUUGAGCACAUUUUAGUCUGACCGACGCGCCGAUUUACAGCAGCUCCACUACAGUACCACCAACUCAACCAUGGCCGUCGGGAAGAACAAGAGGAUCUCAAAGGGAAAGAAGGGAGGGAAGAAGAAAGCAGUUGAUCCGUUUGCAAAGAAGGAUUGGUAUGAUAUCAAAGCGCCGUCAGUUUUCAAUACUAGAAACAUUGGCAAAACCCUUGUUACUCGUACUCAGGGUACUAAGAUUGCUUCAGAGGGACUUAAGCAUCGUGUGUUUGAAGUGUCUUUGGCUGACCUUCAAGGUGAUGAGGACCAUUCUUUCAGGAAGAUCAGAUUGAGAGCUGAGGAUGUUCAGGGAAAGAAUGUUCUCACCAACUUCUGGGGCAUGAACUUCACUACAGAUAAAUUGAGGUCACUUGUUAGGAAAUGGCAGUCCCUGAUUGAGGCACAUGUUGAUGUCAAGACUACAGACAACUAUACUUUGAGGAUGUUCUGCAUUGGUUUCACUAAAAAGCGUGCUAACCAGCAAAAGAGGACAUGUUAUGCACAAUCAAGCCAGAUUCGCCAGAUACGCCGUAAGAUGUGUGAAAUCAUGAUCAACCAGGCACAAUCCUGUGAUCUCAAGGAUUUGGUUCAGAAGUUUAUUCCUGAAUCAAUUGGGAAAGAGAUUGAGAAGGCAACCUCAAGCAUUUAUCCGCUGCAGAAUGUGUAUAUCCGGAAGGUUAAGAUAUUGAAAGCUCCCAAAUUUGACCUUGGCAAGUUGAUGGAGGUUCAUGGUGAUUACAGUGAAGACGUUGGUGUGAAGUUGGACAGGCCUGCUGAGGAGCCAAUGGCCGAGGCAACUGAAGUGGUUGGUGCCUGAAAUGAAAGGAUGAGUCCUAAGUUUGGUAAUGUUAUGUCUUCAGUCAGAAGGUUUUGCUUGAAACAAGAAUAUGAAAGCACUUCAUAUUGUUUUGGAGUAAAUUAGGAAGGAUUUUUACUCUGAAGAGAGUAGAACAGUGUUCCUCAGCUGUUAUAAACCAUAAAGCCAGAGGCAUUUUUGAGUUUCAUGUUGAUUCUUGUUUGCGUAAUUCUUAUGUUUUUCAGUUCCUUCUUGAUAUACUUGAAUAUUAUCCAUUGGGGUUAUUUUCUAUUGGUUCUCGCCAAUGUUUUUUCU